AGUAGGGAGGGAACAGCAACUCCCAGACAAACCAUCCGCCUGCUCUGUUACGUAAUGACCGCUGAGCGCAGCUAUCGCCGCCUAUCACCUUCUGUUUGCUAAGAAGCUAUCUGUAAAGGAAAGUGGGUGUAAUGGAUAGAUGCGGACGCUAUCCUUAGCAAAAUAACGCGCCUGGCAAAACAUCACCUCCGUUACAACUGCAGCCAUGUUUGGCCGGUCACGGAGCUGGGUUGGAGGACAGGGGAAAGCGAAAAACAUCCACUCCUUGGACCAUUUGAAAUACAUGUACCAUGUCCUGACCAAAAACACCACAGUGACAGACCACAACCGAAACCUUCUAGUGGAGACCAUCCGCUCCAUCACAGAGAUCCUCAUCUGGGGGGACCAGAAUGACAGCUCUGUGUUUGACUUCUUCUUGGAGAAGAACAUGUUUGCCUUCUUUCUGAACAUCCUACGUCAGAAGUCAGGACGCUACGUGUGCGUCCAGCUCCUCCAGACCCUCAACAUACUAUUUGAGAAUAUCAGCCACGAGACUUCCCUGUAUUACCUCUUGUCGAACAACCACGUGAACUCCAUCAUCGUCCACAAGUUUGACUUCUCGGACGAGGAGAUUAUGGCCUACUAUAUCUCCUUCCUCAAGACCCUGUCGCUCAAACUCAACAACCACACCGUGCACUUCUUCUACAAUGAGCACACUAAUGACUUUGCCCUGUACACCGAGGCCAUUAAGUUUUUCAACCACCCUGAAAGCAUGGUCCGCAUCGCAGUCCGCACCAUCACACUCAACGUCUACAAAGUUUCAUUGGACAACCAGCACAUGCUGCACUACAUCCGUGAUAAGACAGCUGUCCCAUAUUUCAGCAACUUGGUCUGGUUUAUUGGCAGCCAUGUCAUCGAACUGGACAAGUGUGUGCAGACAGAUGAAGAACAUAAGAACAGAGGAAAGUUAAGUGACCUGGUAGCAGAGCACCUUGACCACCUCCACUACUUGAACGAUAUCCUCAUCAUCAACUGUGAAUUCCUUAAUGACGUUUUGACCGACCACCUCCUCAACCGCCUGUUCCUGCCCCUCUAUGUGUACUCUUUGGUUAUCCCAGAGACGAAAUCGAGACUCAUCAGACCAGGCAACAUUUUUCCAGUCUUCAACUGUCCAAUUUUGUCUGAAGAGCGAAAGAUCAACCCUCAGGUGUCCCUCUACCUGCUGUCUCAAGUGUUUCUGAUCAUCCACUAUCAGCCUAUGGUCAACGCCCUGGCCGAAGUUAUUCUCAAUGGAGACCUGUCUGUCUUCACCCCACAGACGGAUAUACACAGCACGCAGAAGACCAUGGCCAGUGCAGGAGGUGUGCGUCGGUUCGCCAAGCCCCCGGAGUCUCUGGAGCGCUCCCUGGAGCUGUCCCGCCACCGUGGGCGCAAGAGAACUCAGAGGAGGCCAAACUACAAGAACCUGGGCGAGGAGGAGGAGGACGAAAGGACUGGGGGAGGGGGGGGAGGAGGAGGAGGAGGAGGAGGAGGAGGAGGAGAGAGGGAGGAGGGCUGGGACGAUGACGGCCGCGGAGGAGAGAGAGGGAGGGAGGCCGAGAGAGAGAAGGGAAAAGGUACAGAGGGAGUAGGAGGAGGGAGUUCUAAGGGAAGCAGAGCGAGUGGGGAGACGGCGGAAGAGAUCGAGAUGGUGGUGAUGGAGAAGUGUAAGGUGUCGGAGCUGACGGAGCAGAACAUCACCGAUGAGGAGAAAACUGCUGCCGCCACCCGCACACACACACAGAGGAGCAGGCCGUUCUUAGACAUGGUGUACAGUGCUCUCGACUGCACCAACGAUGACUACCACGCCCUGUUUGUCCUCUGCCUGCUCUAUGCCGUCUCACACAGCAAAGGUAUAAACCGAGAUCUUUUGGAGCGUUUGCAGUUGCCGGUUCCUGACCAGGAGAAGAGCUCCUACAGCCUGGUGCUGGUAGAGAGACUGAUCAGAGUUAUGAGCCAGGCAGCACAACCAGAUGGUAAAGUGCGCCUAGCUACCAUGGAGCUGAGCUGCCUCUUAUUAAAGCAGUCUGUGCUGUCUGGAAGCCACUGUAUAAUCAAAGACAUCCAUCUGGCCUGCCUGGAGGGUGCUAGGGAAGAAAGUCUGCAUUUACUGCGGAGAUUCUACAAGGGCGAGGAGAUCUUUCUGGACAUGUUUGAAGAUGAAUACAGGAGCAUGACGAGUAAACCUCUUAAUGUGGAGUAUCUAAUGAUGGAUGCCUCAAUACUGCUGCCGCCCACUGGCACCCCUCUGACUGGCAUCGACUUCGUCAAGAGACUGCCCUGUGGAGACGUAGAGAAGACACGCAGGGCAAUCCGUGUGUUCUUCAUGUUGCGGUCUUUAUCGCUUCAGCUUCAGGGAGAACCUGAGACGCAGCUGCCUCUGACCAGACCUGAAGACCUUAUCAAGACAGACGACGUUUUAGACCUCAACAACAGUGACCUAAUAGCCUGUAUGGUGGUCAGUAAAGAUGGCGGCCAGGCCCAGAGGUUCCUCGCUGUUGAUGUGUACCAGAUGAGUCUGGUCGAGCCAGAAACCAAACGGCUUGGAUGGGGUGUCGUCAAGUUUGCCGGCCUUCUGCAAGACAUGCAGGUGUCUGGCGUUGAGGACGACAGCAGAGCGCUGAAUAUCGUCAUUCACAAGCCCAGCUCCAACCCCCACGCCAAGCCCCUGCCCAUUCUGCAGGCCAACUUCAUCUUCGCCGACCACAUCCGCUGCAUCAUCGCCAAGCAGAGACUGGCGAAGGGUCGCAUCCAAGCCCGACGCAUGAAGAUGCAAAGGAUUUCAGCUCUGUUGGACCUUCCUGUGCAGCCAAGUGCGACGGAGGUGUUGGGUUUCGGUCAGACAGCCAACGCUUCACCCAGCGCCCUGCCUUUCCGGUUCUAUGAGCAGUCAAGACGGGCGUCCAACGACCCCACAGCGAGUCGAUCGGUCUUCGCCUCCGUCGAUAAAGUACCAGGUUUUGCAGUGGCUCAAUGUGUAUCGCAACACAGUCCCUCGCCCCUCUCCUCCCCCUCGCCUCCCUCCAGUGGGAGUGGGAGCACAGGAAGAUGUGACUCUGUUACUGCAAGCACUAUAUCAGCUCAGAGCCCCACAGAUGAUGGUACGUUUUUGGAGCACACCCCGCCCUCAUCCUCAGGCGGAGAAGGAGAAGGAGGAGAAGUAACACUAGUCUCUUCUACUCCCCCUGCCCCAGCCGCGGCCCUGGCCCCGAGCCUCACCCCAGCGUCCCAGCCCACCAUCUCCCUCCUCACCGACAACAGCGCAGACACCCUCAGUGUGGAGUCGCUCACGCUGCUGCCCCCCGCCGAUUCACCGCACCUGCAUCCCGCAAUGCACUCCCUCCAGAGACCAGACGCCUCCAUUGCAGAGGAGGAGGAGGACGACGACGACGACGAAGAGAAAGAGCAGAGUAGGAAAGGAGGGCAGUUAAAAGAGGAGGAGCUGCAUGAGGAAGAGGGGUCGCCGAUGGACGAGACAGACGAGACCGCAAAAGAGGAAACCACAACGACGGAGUUGGUCACACCCACUGACGAGGCGCCAGAGAGUGAAGACAAACCGCUCGAAGUGAAUAGAGACCAAGUCUCUGCUGUAGAGCUGCAAGUAAGAGACGAGUCAAUGGUGACAGAGUACAUAGAGGAGACAGAAGAUGCAGGGAUAAACACUGAAACACCAGACUCACCUGAACUGGAUUAAGCAGCACACACACACAUUCGGGCAAACUCCCCUCUCUCUUUCUCUGACACACACACACACACACACACACACACACACACACACAGAGGACAGUGAUGUGAGAUAAAGUAUCCAGCUUGGCUGCGGUAUAUUUUCAAGUUGCGGCCUGUAGUGUGUGAUGUGAGUAGUCUAAGGGGCUUUUGGAGGCAUCUCAGCAUUUGUGUUUGCACAUGAAGAAAGACUCUUUUUACUCGCAGAGAGAAUAGAGAGGCGAGACGGACUCCAGUUGAACUCAAGAAAGGCUUAAAGCACAUUUGGGUUUCCCUGCAUUUGAGUGUGUCCAUUGUGUUUUUAGCAAGCGUGUGUGAAGGCGCGUAACCAGCAACAAUCCACUCAUGCGGUUUUAAAAGACCUGCUCUAUUUUAUGUUCACAUAAUGGUUCACCAUUAAUGUUGUGUUGUGGUGGUCACGUCUAUGCUAACACACACACACACACACACACACACACACACACACACACACACACAGUCAGCUGUAUUUGCCUUUAACCCCUGCAUGUCAGACCCGUCAGCAGUUACUGCCACGUACAACUGCCAUUGUCUAGGUGCGCGUGUGUGCGUGCGUGUGUACGUACGUGUGUGUGUGUGUGUGUGUGUGUGUGUGUGUGUGUCAAUUUUCCAUUUAAUAAUUGUGUCUGUAAACGAAAAUGUAUUAAAUAGCAUCUUGAGCAAGGAGGGAGCAGGUCUCAGGCUUUUUGAUUAUUAUCAACGCCAGUUUCCAUCAUUGUUACUGUUGAUCUCUUGGGCUGACAGUUUAGGACGGGUUGCUUGAGUGCACUGCAACAAAGCAUUUUUUUCAGAUAUGCAACAGUAAUCAACAAAUUUUGACCUCGUUGGAUUGGCUUUUAUUUUAACCUCCAUUCCAGAUCCCAAACUUUCUUCCCAUGGUAAUACUUUAGCUCAUAGCGUGCAGGAAUUAGAUCAUGUGUUCAUUGACAGAGGUGAUCCACCAAUCAGCAACCAUGACUGAAAGAAGAAAUGGAGCGAUCUGAAUGGAGCAAAAGCUGCUGCAAAAGUGGUACAGUUAUAGAUGUAGUCAUACAAAAUGGGAUGGCAGGCCAGUGAGUAGUUUGCUAAAUAAAGUAUUUUAGCCUGUAGCAACACAGGUGUGUGCUGCUGUUUUACUGAUUGAACAGUACUGUUGGAUAUAUUUAGAAAAAUAGAUUAAAAAUUUUAUUUGCUUGAUUAAAUGAAACACUGACAGCCUCAUGGAGCGAUGCAGUAUACUAGAUAUCAGUGAUGUUAGACGAGCCUUCAGGUCUACACAACAACGUUAGGUUGAAUGUAUCUGCUGAUUGCCCCUCAGGCACUGACCUCAGCUCAGUUUUAGUAUGUAUCUGGGAAUGGGUUUAAAUAGAUAAAUGAGCAUCUCAUCUAUAUACUUUACUGAAUUCAUGUCAAAACAGGAUGCUGAGAAAAACAUGUUUUCUUUCCAUCCAGCAACUGGUGAACCAUAAAAUACCUUUCAGGAAGUAAAAAGUAUUAUAAUAUAGAAGUAGUAUAAUGUAGUUAAUAUGCACGGCUGUGUUUAGGAAAAGCAGCAUUUAGAUUUUGUCAGAUGUUGCUCUGAGGUCAGUGUCUAGGGACAACCACCCCCCCCUGCCCCCUUUUAAUCAUUUGAAUAAAGCUUUACUACUGCAAUAAUCCUAAAAGCUAACCAAUGAGGGGAGAGAUGAAUGUAACGGACAACUUGUCUCUCCAAACAGCUGUGUUUGAUCAAUGUGAAUGGGAUCAGUGUAUUUUAUCCUUUAUUCAUGACUUGAUUUGUAACUGUUAGGAUAAAGCACAGUCACGGAUUCUUUAGAACAUAUUUUCUCAUUAUCUCCUCAUCCUCCUUAAUCCUUUUAUUGACUUGUGGCUUUGCUUUCCAGCUUACACUCUUCUUCUGUGUGCCAUUAUCAUACGGCUAAAGUCUUAACGCUCGAUUGUUCUUGUUAUUUUUUUUAUCUCUGUACAGUCAUCAAGAAGUUUAUAAAGGAGAAAUUGGAGCAAUACUUGUUUUUCUCUUAGUUUUUCCACCUUGCUACUGUAAAUAGCAGAAGAAUGAUAGUGAUGAUUACAGAUGUGCUGAAGAGGCUUGGCACAAUUUGUAGAGCAGCUACUGAUGGUUUGAAGGAACACGCCGCCAUGUUUGGACACAACAUGGCGUUAUGUAGCCUGUAACCAUUGGCAACCUCUCUCUAAACAUGUCGUGACUAGCUUCCGUUACUUUAGUCUCUGAUUGUAGUGUGUGUGUAUGUAAUAUGUUUGUAUGCUCUGUAAAUGCUUUUGGCUUUUAAACCUGUAAUUAUUGUUAAUGAACUGAAACAGAGGAAUAAAUAAAGAACUGCAAUAAAUUAUUCUACUUAACAACAGUGA